GAAAAGUGAAAAAAAAAAAGCACCGUUUUACACUCAAUUUAUUGUGCGUGCUAAAAAGCUCAUAGAGCCCUUUCCAUUUCAAGGAAGUAACUUGUUGUUGUUGGCACGCUUUAAUGUAAACCCCAGUAACCCUUGACGAAUAAUUGGAAGAAAAAGGAAAAAAGCCGCGGGGGCGAGCUGCACGUUCCCGCUCCCCUCGAUAUUCCCGUCGUCCUCCAGGAGGCUCUCUGCAGCCAUGCCCGCCGAGGAGGAGGCGGCUGCCGGCCGGCAGCAUGCGACCAGGGCGGACUGCACCGAGAUGGGGGACCGGAUUCACAUUGAAAUCUCAACAUUUUCCAUCAACGUGAACGUGAGUGUAAAAGCUGAUUUGUCUCUAUGUGCCCUGCUAUUGGCUGUCGAGCAACACAAGAAAAAAAGGGAAAUGAAGGGCGACGUGGAGGCUUCGCCGGCGCCCACGCUCGGAGAGCCCGCCGUCCGAUGUCAGGACGUGUGUCGCUCGUAUGGAAAGCUGAAAGUUCUCGACAACCUCAACCUCACUCUGCCACAGGGACAAAUUUACGGCCUUCUGGGCCCCAGCGGCUGCGGCAAGACCACCAUGCUGAAAUGCAUCGUGGGAACUCUCAGCAUCUCCCGGGGUCGCAUCAGCGUGCUGGGGAAGCCGCCAGCGUUUCCCGGCCACGGCGUGCCGGGCAGGAUGGUGGGCUACAUGCCCCAAGAGCUGGCCCUGUACAACGAGUUCACCAUCGGCGACACGCUGGCCUUCUACGGACGAAUCCACGGAUUGACGUUGAGGGAAACGCAGGCCCGCGUGAGCUUCCUCAUCGAGUUUUUGGAUCUGCCGCAGAAGGACCGACUGGUCCGCAAUCUCAGUGGCGGCCAGAAGCGAAGGGUGUCCCUGGGCGCGGCGCUGCUCCAGAAGCCCGAGCUGCUCAUCCUUGAUGAACCCACAGUGGGAGUGGACCCCGUGCUCAGGGCCAAGAUUUGGCAACAUCUGGCGGACAUCGUGAAGGAGGGCAAAGUGUCCGUCAUCAUCACCACGCACUACAUCGAGGAGGCCAGGCAAGCCAACGUGGUGGGCCUGAUGAGGAACGGCUGCUUGCUGGCUGAAGGAACUCCAGAAGCGCUCAUGAAGAUGCACGGCUCCUCCACUCUGGAGCACGCCUUCCUGCGGCUGUGCGAGACCUCCGACCAGACGGGCGUCAAGCGGGGCGCCGGUUCCCGAGACGACGCGUCGGGGAACAGCCGAUCGUUCGAGAGCGGGCGGGACCAAAGCCGGCACGUUCUCCUCGACGUGCCCAAAGCCGCCGCGGAGGUCGUCAGCCACACAGUGGACUGGAAGGUGCGAGUCCAGCACGUGAUUCCCAAGUGGAGGAACAUCGCCGCCCUCACCAUCAAAACCCUGCUGCGGAUGAAGAGGAUGCCAGGCUCCUUGUGUUUCCAGUUCUUGCUGCCCGUCAUCCAGAUGUCGCUCAUCUGCUUGUGCGUCGGAGGAGACCCGAAGGGGAUCCGGGUGGCCGUGGUCAACAACGAGACCUCCGCCAUCGCUUUCAGCCCAUCACUGCUCUCCUUUUUGGACAACUCCAGUGUGGAGCAGGUGAGCUUGUCUCAUGCGGAGGCCUUCCGAGGGAUCGGUGACGGCAAGUACUGGGCCGUCAUCGGCUUUAGCAAGAACUUCAGCGCGUGCCUCGUAAAUAGAAUGUUCCAGAAGAAUGUGUCCAGGGAGACAAUAAACGGAGGUUCUGUGCACGUCUGGCUGGACCAGACCAACAGACAAAUUGCCUUGAUGCUGCAGCAGAAACUGUACGAGGCCUUUCAGGCUUUUGUGGAGAACAAACUUGGCGUCAUGGCCUACAUGUACGCCUUGCCCAUAAAGUUUGAAGAGGCCAUUUACGGCAGCCAAAACACAGACUUUACUACAUUUGUGAUGCCGGGCGCUGUUCUCAGGCGUGAGCUCGCUGGAGACGAUGCUGGCUCACCUUUUCUCGCAGCUGCUGGUCAUCGGCGUCCAGAUUGUCCUCAUGCUGCUCUUCGUCCUGCUCGUCUUCAAGAUGCCGAACGAAGGCUCCCUGGUUCUCAUCGUGCUGCUGAUCGUGCUGCAGGGCAUCACCGGCAUCUCCUGCGGCCUCGUCAUCUCCGCCGCCAUCGACGACGAGCAGAACGCCAACCAGGCCGCGCUCGGACUCUUCUACCCCAACCUCAUCAUGAGCGGUAUCAUUUGGCCGGCGGAGUGCAUCCCCUACCCGCUCCGCUACCUCAGCCUGGCGCUGCCCCAGACCUACGCCUCCGAAGCGCUGCGAUGCAUCAUGUACAGAGGUUGGGGUCUGACUCACAUGAUGGUUUGGCGAGGCUUCGCGGUCACUCUGGGCUGGAACACGUUCUUCAUUGUCGUGGCGACCCUCAUCUUGAAGUUCCGCAAGUGAACGCAUGCGCGCGCUGCCCAUUGAAAAGGACGAUGUACAUACACAUACAUGGCAGUCCAUCAAGGGUGGCGCCCCUGUUCUUUAUUACGGCCCAUUGCGCAUUUACAGUACAUGAUCAAACAUUCCUGUCGCAUUAAUGCAGCCCUUUUUUGGGUUUUUUUCCAUCGAAAUACGCUCAAUCCAAAUUUGUAGUCGUUCGUCGAAUUCAAUAAACGAGUUACUUCGUUUGUUUUAAAUACGAUUGGAAAAACUUAAAAGAAAUCACAUGUUGUCACUGUCGGGCAGAAUCCUCACGUCGCCGAAAUGACGACUUUUCAGGAAGUAGAAAAAAAAUCGAUCUUCCAACCGAAACGUUCAAGUUGGUGUGAUACCUUAUAUUGCUGUUGCGCAACGACGUCACCUUAACGCCACCAAAAUGAUGUCCAAUCUCGAAUUGAAUUCACCCUAACCCUCGCCCCCAAAAGAAAAUCGAAAAUGUAUUACGCUAGUGAUUCAAUUAGUUUGGACAUUUUGAACAAAACAAGCCUACUCAAAUGCAUCUCACCUAUUUUCUGGGGGGGACAAAAUCAUCCAGACUUCCAAUCUUGAGGCGACACAAUGCCGCACGGCUCCCGCAGAGUGUUUUUUCACAACGCUUCUCCGACAGGUCAAGUGGUCAAGGGAGUUCAUAGAUUUAUUCUCAAGCCUUUCAAUUGGUUAAUAAUGUUUACAAAUAACAAAGAAUAUGAGGCAAACCAAUAUCAUUGAUUUGAAAGUGACAUACAUUUUUGCCCGACCACGAUGACAUCAUGUACAUUUAAAACCUUUAGAUUUUAUUCAAUAAUUACAAAUGAAACAAUUAUAAAUAUCAUGUGGAUUCAUUGAAAUUCAAUUAAUUAUAAAUAAAAUAAAAAAUGAAGAUGUAUUAUUAUAUCAUUAUUAAAACCAAACUAUUUUAUUUGUUGUCUUAAUUUAGCCAGUUUUCCCUAAAAUUGGUUAAUUCAACUUUUUCAUUGAUCCUUUAUUCAUUUAUCUCAUUAAAUAAUCGGCUAUUAUUUUAAAUAAUAAAAUGUAAAAACUAUUAACAUAAACAGUGUUAUAUAGCCUAUACAUUUUGAUGUAUUUGAAUAAUUAAACAAAUGAAAAUGAGACUGAAUGAUUAUUUUAUUAUGAACAAAAAGUAUAUUACAUAGCUACAUUUUGAACUUGUCUGUUCAAACAAAAAGCCCAGUGUGUUUGCCGAGCCCUGUUCUACAUGCAUCUGGUUAACCCUAACCCAGAAAACCAAAAAAAAAAACAAUCCAAAUAAAUAUAUAUGGAGCACAUGCAACAUAAGCAGUCCAAAGUGUUUGAAUAUAUGCUGACUUUACAUGUGGGAAAUUAGAUCGUGUUCAUGCAGUAUUUUCUUCACGUGACCUUUAUUAUGGGGGGGGGGGGGGGGGGGGGGGAAUGUGAAAUUCUAUUGUAUUUCUUUUUUUAAUUUUUACAUGACUGCCAUUUUUUUUUAUGCUUUUAUUCCACUUUGCUGGACAGAGUGGACGCCACUCGCGGGUCAGCUGACCCCUCAGGGCCCAUGUGACGUCAUCACGUGACAUCAUCAUGUGUUACGCAGCAAACAUCCAUCACACUUUUGUUGUUUGUUGUUCGUCUGAUGGAUCUUUUACUUACAAUUCAAUAAACUCACCAAAGUUUACAAA